AUGAUCGCGACGUUCUGGGUCCUGAGCCUGCUGACGGGCGCGAGGGUGCUCGAGGGCGCCGCACCGGAACCUGACGAGACCGGGCCGCGUUCUUUCAGGUACGUUCCCAAGUGGAAGAAGCAGGCCUGCGAGAUCCCGGCGUCGCAGCAUCCCAACUCCCACUACGUGUGCGACGAGGCUGGGGAGGUCAAGUGUCUCCCAGGGUGGACCGGCGACCUCUGCGACGUGCCGAUCUGCCGGAAGGGAUGCGACCCCCUUCAGGGCUACUGUCGUCGACCCUGGGAGUGUCGGUGCAAGCUGGGAUUUUACGGCGAGCUCUGCGACAAGUGCGUCGCCCUGCCGGGAUGUCAGCACGGAAGGUGUAACGUGAGCUUCGAGUGCUCCUGCGACCCCGGCUGGAAGGGACUGUUCUGCUCGGAGCCGAUCUGCGCCGCGGACUGCAACCCCAGCCAAGGAUACUGCGAGAGGCCGGGCGAGUGCAGGUGCAGGCUGGGCUGGCAGGGACCCAGGUGCAAGCGAUGCUCCGUUCUGCCGGGAUGCGUCCACGGCACUUGUCAAGGACCCCUGGAGUGUCGGUGCGACCCGGGCUGGACGGGAUUCCUCUGCCAAACUCCGAUCUGCUCCGUGGGCUGCAGUCGGGAGCACGGGGGCUGCCGUCGACCGGGGACCUGCCGGUGCAGGGUCGGUUGGAUCGGGCGGAACUGCACGGAGUGCGUCCCGUAUCCGGGAUGUGUCCACGGAACCUGUAGGAAGCCCUGGGAGUGUAGGUGCCAGCCCGGCUGGACCGGAGACCUCUGCGACCGGAAGCUCGCCUUCUGCGACGAGCAUCCCGGGAUCUGCGAGAACGGCGCUACCUGCGUCGACGCCGCCAAGGAGGACGGCGACUACAGGUGCGUCUGUCCGAUGGGCUACGAGGGCCGCCGGUGCCAAAUCGAGUCGUCCGCCCUCCAGAUCGUCCCCCAGGUCGUCCCCCAAAUCGUCCCCCAAGUCGUCCCCGAGGAGGAAGCGGAGCCGUUGGGACCGCUGGUGGUAACGGACCCUCCGGAGCCGGGGCCGGAGACGGAGGCGACCGCCGGCAAGUGGCCGACCGAGGCACCCACGGAGGCGCCGACCACCGACAGCGACGCCGCGACCGAGAACGAGGCCUAG